AGAGAGGGAGGAGGAGCGAGAGACAAGCCUACUUGCUCUUCUUCAGAAAAUCCCUCAUUUUCUCUCUCCGCAUAUACAUACACACGCAUACAAGGAUUUGCGCGGGUAUUUGUGUGCUAUAUAGAUCGAUUUUUCAGUAGAUUGAGGUCGAUAAACUGAAGAUUUUGAAGCCGACAUUCGGAGGAUUUUUUUUUUCUCCUUUGAAUCUGAGCUGCGUGAUGAGUGAUGACACUGUUUCGAUAUCGAAUUUGAAAUUUCCAAAUACUGUUUUGGAAUUGGGAAUUUGAAUUUCUGGGAGUUUCGGAGUGGGGAAUCUGUGAAGUGUUAUUUAAUUUAAUCUGUGUAUUUUUAUUUUUUUUUUCUGCGGCGAAUUAUUAUUGUUUUGAAUGGAGAAAAGUGAGGGAGGGGAUUUCCCUCCAAAGAGGUCACAGCCGGAUGUGGCUUCGACAGUGGCCUUGACGCCGGUACUUGCUUCACCGGAUGUUCCGACAAAGAAGCUUGCGAGGCAGCUGGAUUUCACUAGUUUUGGCGGCGGCGGCGGUGGAGGAGGAGAUGGCAGUGCUGCGGCGGCCAUUUUCUCGGAGCAUCAUGGACAGAUUCAACCGCAGGUGGGGAAGCCUAGCCAGUCUCCACGGCCACAAUUGCAGCCGCAGCUCAUGGUGAAGCCAAGCCACCCUCCACGACCACAGUUACAGCUACACUCGCAGCCACAACAACAACAUAUACUAUUGAUGCCGAUGCAGCAACCCCCUGCUCCGCCCCAUCUUCCUCAAAUACGACCUCUGAAACCAGAAUCCCCAAGGGCAAGACCAAGGCAAAGUGCUGCUGAAGUAAAAGAUGGUACUCCAAAGAAGCAAAAGCAGUGUAAUUGCAAACACUCUCGAUGUUUGAAAUUGUACUGUGAAUGCUUUGCAUCAGGUAUUUAUUGCGAUGGGUGCAACUGUGUAAAUUGUCACAAUAAUGUUGAAAAUGAAGCUGCCAGACGAGAAGCUGUUGAAGCUACAUUGGAGCGUAAUCCAAAUGCAUUCAGGCCUAAAAUUGCCAGCAGUCCCCAUGGAGUCCGGGACAAUAGGGAGGAAGCUGGAGAUGGUUUAGUUUUGGGAAAACAUAACAAAGGAUGCCACUGCAAAAAAUCAGGGUGCCUUAAGAAGUAUUGUGAGUGUUUCCAAGCUAACAUUCUGUGUUCAGAAAAUUGCAAAUGCAUGGACUGCAAAAAUUUUGAAGGAAGUGAAGAGAGGCAGGCUCUCUUCCAUGGAGAUCAUGCCAAUAACAUGGCAUAUCUGCAGCAAGCGGCAAAUGCUGCAAUAACUGGUGCAAUUGGGGCAUCUGGUUAUGGGUCUCCUCCAGUUAACAAGAAGAGAAAGGGUCAGGAGCUCUUUUUUGGGUCAACAAUGAAGAACCCAAUUCACACAUUUGGGCAGUUUCCGCAGGUGGAUAAUGCGAACCAUAUUAAAUCUUCUGUACCAUCAUCUUCAAUGUCUUCUAUUCCCAAUGCUCGUGUUGGUAAUUUAGCUGCAAUGGGACCUUCAAAAUUUACUUACAGGUCUUUGUUAGCAGAUUUGAUCCAACCACUAGAUGUGAAAGAGCUUUGUUCAGUUUUGGUCUAUUCUUCUAGACAAGCUGCCAAGAUGCUUGCAGAUGAAAAGAAUGCGAGAGAGGACCAGAGAGAAACAUCUGCUCCUUCAUUGUCUCAAGAACAGUUAGAGAAUCAGAAAGGUUGUAUGGGGAAGGUUUUGGCUGACAAUUGUUCGAGUGGGAGCCAAGAUGAUAAAAAAGGUACAAGUGAGCGCAGUUCGGAUAGUGCCGACGUGUCAAAAGAAAGGCCAAUGUCUCCGGGAACAUUGGCACUGAUGUGCGAUGAGCAGGACACAGUGUUUGCUGCUGCUGCUGGUUCCCCUAAUGAAUCAACAAGCAUUUGCAACACAUCUUCUCAGGUUUCUCAUGGGAAAGCCAUGACAGAAGCCUAUGCAGAGCAGGAGAGGAUUGUUUUGAUGAAGUUUCGUGAUUGUCUUAACAGACUUAUUACUUUGGGAGAAAUAAAAGGUCAUAGGGCCAAUCUCUAGUGGGAGUUGAUACUGACAUUCAUGUAUUGCUUCACUACAGAAACAAAAUGUUCAUCGAUGGCCCGAGCUUCAGACUCGGUUUACCAAAGAGGCGGCGGCGUCAUCAUCAACAAUGGCACUCAACCGGAAGCCUAUAGCAACGGUGUGGCCAUGGCAACUGUUCCGCCUCCAUCGAGAGCCCCUGAAACGGUAAGUUCCUCGACUAGUGUCGGUGGUGUUAGUAGUCCCCACCCUGUUGUUUCCCCAGCAGCCAAGAAUGGGGAUCAGAAACCAAAGAACUGAGAGAGAUAGAGAAAGAGAGUGUAUAGAGAGAGAGAGGGAGAGAUGUAGCUUCAGAUUUGCCCAGCACUGAUGCAUCCUGUAACAUUAGGCAAUUGUUCAUUCGGCUUUUUCUUUGAUGCAGCAGUGCUUAUUAUUUUGGGCACCAUUCAUAAAGAGCUAAUCUACCCCAUAGGAUUUUUUUUUUUACUACAUUGAUCACUGAUAUAAUUUGAGUAAAAAAGUUUUCGUCGACGUUCC